CAUGCGUCCAGGGAACCUGUCACCGGCGAAGCCAAACAUGAAACUGAUGCCUGAUCGCAUUCUGCUGCCUAGUCUCUUCAAAACCGAGUAAAAGCAGAGUUUGCGAGCAUGACCCGCUGUCGCAGUGCUUCAUUAUCAGUAAGAGUAAGGUCCCUUUUUCUGCUCGCUGUCGAGGGUGAGUUGUUUCAUCUGAAGCAGGACAAAGUUCGAGCCUGGAAAUGAACCCGAUUUUUUUUUUUACGGACGUUUCCCUCCACAAAGUUGGACUCUUGAUUAAAUUAUAAGAAAGAGAGAGAGAGAGAGAGAAACAAGAGGGUAUUUAAUAUUUCAUGUUUCAUGCAGCCCUCCGGAACACGAGGGGGCAGUAAAGUCUCGUUUUGCCAGUCUUUGCCAGCUGAUACACGCGGGCGCAAGCAAAGCGAAAGACUGAAGCCUGCAGAAGUUUGAGCCUGAAGUCCGGAGAGAAAACUAAACCAGUUAUGACACCCGACUUGGUCAUAAUAUUACCCAGGCUGAACAGCUGCACUGAGAUGGAAAUGCAGCUUCCACCUCACGAGGGAGACGAGCUCUCAGUGGUCGACAUGCACACCGGAGGCGAGCCCCUGCGGAUCAUCCUCGGCGGCUACCCAGAGGUCAAAGGUGAGAGCGUGCUCGCCAAGAGGCGUUACGUCCGGGAACAUCUGGACCACCUCAGGAGGGUGCUGAUGUACGAGCCGCGGGGGCACUAUGACAUGUACGGAGCCCUGAUCGUGGACAGCGAGAUACCUGAGGCGGACCUGGGAGUGCUGUUCAUGCACAACGAGGGCUACAGCACCAUGUGUGGGCACGCCAUCAUCGCGCUGGGACGCUUCACUGUCGACUACAAACUGGUGAAAGAGGCAACGUCACCAGAGACACAAGUGAACAUACACUGUCCCUGUGGUCUGGUGAAGGCGUUUGUUGAGUACUGUGAUGGUAAAACAGGAGGGGUGAGGUUUCUCAGUGUGCCAGCGUUCGCAUUUGCUACAGAUGUGACCGUGACCGUGGAAGGGUUCGGUGAUGUGACGGUGGACAUCAGCUACGGAGGAGCCUUCUACGCCUUCGUAAAUGCCCAGAGGUUCGGCCUGGAUGUGACCAAGUCCAGGACUCGGGAUCUAGUGGACGCAGCCUCAGCCGUGACAAAAGCUGUCAAAUCUCAGGUGAAGUUGCACCACCCGACCAGUGAUGAUCUGGCCUUCCUCUAUGGCACCAUCCUCACAGAUGGUAAAGACGAGUAUUCCUCUGAUCCCACCGCCAAUGUCUGUGUGUUUGCAGAAGCUCAGGUGGACCGAAGCCCCACUGGCUCUGGUGUCACAGCUCGAGUGGCUCUUCAGUAUCACAAAGGUCUCAUCCAGCUCAACCAGACCAGGAGGUUUCAGAGCGGAGCCACUGGAUCCCAGUUCACAGGAAAAGCUGUCGAGGAGACCAAGUGCGGAGACUUCAGGGCUGUAGUGGUAGAAGUUGCUGGCAGAGCUUUUUACACCGGAGUUUCACGCUUUGUGCAGGAGCCGGCUGACGAGCUGACGCAUGGGUUUCUGCUGAAGUGAGCCUCCAUCACGGGUUUUCCAUUUGUACGUGGUUACAGAUUAAAAAGUGCUUUUACAGA